CUCUCAUAACUAACAAUGGCUACUGCUGAUGGAGCUUCUGCUGCUGCUGAUGCUGAACUGGAGAGACGAGAAGCUUUCCUGGAGGAGACAGAGUCUUUCAGAACGAAUGCUUUCCUGAUCAUCAAUGAGAUGGUGUUGAUGAGUACACAUCCUACUACUAUAUUAGUGGACGAGGUUCUUCACAGCAUCUUCUUCUUGGGAAAGAUCCACACGCCGCCAUUUUCCCCAGAAAAGAUUCUGAGUGAUGAUGAGGUGCUAAGUGCGCUAGAGAGCCAAUACUCUCGACCUUUUGCCCUCUAUUCCUCUGAGGUACCCCGGCGGAGUCCAUUUUCAUGUUUGCUCGACAUGGUUGUCCACCAGGCUGGACGAGACAACGAAAGAGAAAUCAGAGAGGAGCUGCGAGGGUUUGUUGGUGGACUGAGGGGGGGCGGUAACAAAAAGCCUCUGGUCUCCAAAACCCUCUGUGUUUCUCAGAGUAGAAGCCCAGGUUCAGUCAGGUCCUACGGAGUCUCCAUGUCCACUGAUGGCGCUGUAGCAAAGAAAAUCCUGAUUGGUGCUUCCUGUCUCAGCAUGUGGCACGAAUACGUAGCUGGGGCAGUGAUGACCUUCUAUCCAGAGCCAAAUACUAGGAGAUUUGUCAGAAAGCCAUAUUUCGAUGGAACCAUCAGAGUUCCAGAUCAGGUCCGGUGUGAAACCUUUGAUCUCUAUGACGGAGGGUUCAAGCCUCCUUGUAAAUCAUGUGGUGAGUUGUUCGGUUUGACGACAACUGAAACAGGUGUAUUCCCCCAUGGCAACUGUUCUGAAGCUGAAAGUCUGAGCCGGUUGUUUGGAGGUGAUGGAUCAGUUAGAGCCCAAAUACCCCCACCACCUGGUGGGGACAGAGCGAGGGCUGAAACAAGCGUCCGUGAUGCGCUUAGACGUUUGGUGCGGGCCUUUGACGGAUUUACUCGAUGGACAGAUCAGUUCUAUAUCCCACAGUAAGUCAGAUUUAAAAGGGGGGGGGGGACUGAAUCAGUGCUUUUGUCCCAAUUUGAUUUGUUGCCAAUACAUGAGUGGGAAUUUCAUUUAUGGUGAUUCGAUAAUACUGUCACUGCACGAUGUGAGGAGAGCGCAGAUUUGAGUCGCGCAUGCGUCAAUUUGCGACAAAUAGCAUACAAGAUGCUAACGACAUGCUAAUGAGAGACUUCUUUAGCGUCUGAAGUAGCCUCCGAGAUGCUAACGAGAUGCUAACGAGAUGCUAACGAGAUGCUAACGAGAGACUUCUGUAACGUCAACCCAGUAAAAAUGGACCUACUUAACCAAGUUGGUUCACUGCUAGCUUAGCUACAAGUUAGCAUCAAACACAACAAAGGUCAGUUGAAAGGUGUUUUGAGCUAACGUUAGCAUCAAACAACCAUAGCUAGCUACAACGUUUCUAAAAUGAUUUCCAUCUCCUGUUAUUGUUUGUUAUGAUAAACCUUAUUAUUUCAUGGAUUUUACUAAUUUCAGUAUGACAGUUAUGUCGUAAAAUGUUUAAAUCUGAGCGUGAGACUCAGAUCUGCUCUCGAUGUUGAUUUACCUUGUAAAGAAGAACAGAACAUGGAUCUUCUGCCUUUGUAUUGAUUGAAUAUUAAAUAUUGAUGAGAAGACUUCAUCUGGUCCUUUAUUACCCGUGAAGAUGAUUCUUUAUUAAAGUGUAGACCUGGUUAAUGAGCGUGGAGGUCAUGUGAUCACAGCUGUUACCAUAACAAUAAAGAUAUGAAUGCACGGAUGGGUCCAGCCGGUCCUGUUGGACCUGAUGGUCUGACUCGUCCUUCAUCUUCAGGGUGGAGUCUCUUUGGGAAUCUUCAGAUCAAAUAAAAUGAAAUGUGUGAAGUGUUUAAGUAAAGCAUGCCAGGAUGUAAACAAUAAAUGUAUCAUGUUGUUUACAAUAAAAUGAUGGUGAUGAAAA